UGUUCCAACAAAAAAAAAGAAUGAAACUUUUAUACUUCAUAAAACGCACUAUUUCCUAACCCUUCACAUCUUUGAUCUUACCUUCCAGGCUUCCACAAGACCACAACCACCCACCAAAAUUCCAAAAUCUUUUCAAUUCAUAUUACUGAUGGAAGCUUCGACUUGUAGACUCUAGUUAUUUCAAUUUUCAAGCCAAACGAAGAGUUUUUGUGCUAUGGCUGUCGUUUCAAGAGUAAGUAAUGUCGUUUCAAAACAUAAAGAGCUGGAGUGGGACCACGUAGCUGGUCGUCGGAGAAUAGGCUCGUUUUUCGAGAGUAUAGGAAAAUAUGCCGUCGAUUUUUCCGUCAACUUGACAACCAAAGGAAGAAAAGGUUUCAUGCAGUUGCAUAAAACAGUGCAAGAAUUAAAGGUCGGAGCCCCCUUAAACGAGUGUAACGACCAGGAGAAGCAGAAGCCUGAUGCUCUCUUAAAGUCAGAAAAUGAGGUCAGCAAGAUGGAGAAGAUGCAGGAAGAGAUGACACUUAAAAAUGGGAUAUCUACAGAAAAGCUGGAACCAAUCUCAUCCAAGAAGUUUCCGCCUAAGCAGGUAGAGGAAAAAGAAAUUCUAAAUCCAAGCAGGAAAAAAAUUAUGAUUCGAUCCCGUCUAUGAGGAGAGAAUUCGUGCCAUGUUUCAUUCAGUAAUAUGUGACAUAUAUCACAAUUGCUUCUAUAAGCAUGAUCCAUGAUUGGAUUGUUAUGGCUUUGUGUUGGAUGAGAUAAAUGAGCCUGCAAAAGUUUAUGAUGUUGUAAUGUAUAUGAUGUUUUAAAGCUGAAGAUGUGGAGAGAUUGAAAGCAACCUGUAAUGAGGUAUAGUGGCUUUUUACAUCCAGAAUAAAAUUAUGUUCGUGUUCUAGUCAUUGAACUAUAAUGGCUUGAUGUAUAUUUCAAGGCCUCAAAUCUCAAUUGUACAAUAUAUAUGUAUUUGUCUGAGUCAA